AUGGCAUCCUCCUCAUCCAACGUUGUCGGAGUCCACUAUCGAGUCGGCAAGAAAAUUGGUGAGGGCUCUUUUGGUGUGAUUUUCGAGGGUACAAAUCUUUUGAACAGCCAACAAGUCGCUAUCAAGUUUGAACCGCGGAAGAGCGAUGCUCCUCAGCUUCGUGAUGAAUACCGUACUUAUAAGAUCUUGGUCGGAUGCCCCGGAAUUCCAAACGUCUACUACUUUGGUCAGGAAGGUCUCCACAACAUCCUGGUGAUCGAUCUCCUUGGGCCCAGUCUCGAGGAUCUUUUCGAUCACUGCAACCGUCGCUUCUCAAUCAAGACUGUUGUCAUGGUGGCAAAACAGAUGCUUUCCCGUGUCCAAACGAUCCACGAGAAGAAUUUGAUCUAUCGGGACAUCAAACCAGACAAUUUCCUGAUCGGCCGACCGGGCAGCAAGGCCGCCAAUGUCAUUCAUGUCGUGGAUUUCGGUAUGGCCAAGCAGUAUCGCGACCCCAAAACCAAACAGCACAUCCCGUACCGUGAGAGGAAGUCCCUGUCUGGUACUGCUCGUUACAUGAGUAUCAAUACUCACCUUGGACGUGAGCAAUCGCGAAGAGACGACUUGGAAGCUUUGGGCCACGUCUUCUUGUACUUCCUCCGGGGUGGCCUUCCAUGGCAAGGACUCAAGGCUGCUACCAAUAAACAAAAGUAUGAAAAAAUUGGCGAGAAGAAGCAAACUACAGCAAUCAAGGACCUCUGCGAUGGCUAUCCAGAGGAAUUUAACAAGUACCUCUCGUACGUGCGAAACCUUGGUUUCGAAGAUACGCCAGACUACGACUACCUUAGAGAUCUCUUCACCCAAGCCUUGAAAAACACAGGCGAAGUAGAGGACGGAGAGUAUGACUGGAUGAAACUGAACAAUGGGAGAGGCUGGGAAUACAAAUCAUACUCGUCGCAACACUAUGGACAUGCUAGCAACCAAGUACAAAACUCAUCAUCCCGCGAUAUUCACGGUACACCUGCACGUCAGAGCGGAAGACCCGGCAUCACGGCCGACCGUUUAAACGCCGCGCAGCCCCCUCCACCGUCUCCAGGAAGACCCGGAGUCGGGAAGUCGCGCGAUCGACCAAACGCCUCCGGCGUUCCUCAAGGAAAACGUCAAGGCGGGCCGACAGGGGGGCUUGAGAGUGGCACGCCCGCAGCGUCCACACAGGCUCAAUUCCAAAACUCGAAUGCUAAUCUUCCAGGCCGUCUAGCUAGCCCGAACAACCAAACAGUCCCGAACACGCAACAACUGUCGGGUCUGCAGGGAGCCAAUGAGCCGGAGCCCACCUUCUUCCAGAAAGCUGUCAGAGCACUGUGCUGCGGUACGGGUCGGAAGUCUUGA